AAGUCAUCAGUUUGUGCUCAGUAUAGUUAUGUGGUGCAUAGUGUUAUUGUAGUAAAAGGGAUAAGAAUACUAAACUUGCACCUUUCGCGACGACUUUGAAGCGUGUGUUUCUAAAUACGAUUGAUAGUACUAGUAGUGGAAACUAAUCCCUCCAACAUUUUUGACUUCUGAUGUAGGUCGUGCUAGUGCGUUAAGUGUGUGAGAUAGCUCGUGUGGGGCGCCCUCAUCAACAUCUAGAGUGAACCCGACGGAGUGUAUGCUGCAGCUUGCGACGCUGGUGGCGACCACUACUAAACUCAUUUGAACAUCUUGUUGACUAGCUAGUGCACGAAGGGCUCCUGCAGACAACACGAAAAAAGAUCCAAAUAAUUCAUAAAGCAGAAGUAAAAUAUAGAAGCACAGCGGAACAACAUAGCACUGCAACCUGCAGGCCAAACAAUGUCGGCUGGGACCUUCGUAGAUCGAAUCGAUCCGUUUGCCAAACGCUCGCUCAAGAAGAAAAGCAAAAAAUCUCAGGGCUCAUCACGCUACAGGAAUUCACAAGAUGUCGAACUGCAACAGUUGCCAUCACUCAAAGUGGAUUGUUCCAGCUUAGAGCAAGAGGAGUUGUUUAUCCGCAAGCUGCGACAAUGUUGCGUGUCUUUCGAUUUUAUGGAUCCCUUGUCGGAUCUGAAGGGGAAAGAAAUCAAGCGGGCCGCCCUAAACGAUCUGUCAGCGUAUAUCACACAUGGCCGUGGCGUACUGACGGAGAAUGUCUAUCCGGAGAUUAUCAAAAUGAUAUCGGUUAAUUUGUUUAGAACCCUGCCGCCUAGCGAAAACCCUGACUUCGAUCCUGAAGAGGAUGAUCCCACCUUAGAAGCUUCUUGGCCCCAUCUGCAGCUGGUGUAUGAAGUUUUUCUUCGGUUUCUUGAAUCAGCCGACUUCCAGGCAACAUUCGGAAAGAAAGUCAUUGACCAGAAAUUUGUACUACAGCUUUUGGAACUGUUUGAUUCCGAAGACCCGAGGGAACGCGACUUUCUGAAAACCGUGUUGCAUCGUAUCUAUGGGAAAUUCUUAGGAUUACGUGCUUUUAUUCGUAAGCAAAUUAAUAAUAUAUUCCUACGUUUUAUAUACGAAACGGAGCACUUCAACGGUGUCGGCGAGCUCUUGGAGAUUUUGGGAAGUAUAAUCAACGGUUUUGCUCUACCGUUGAAGGCAGAACAUAAACAGUUUUUGGUGAAGGUUCUGUUGCCAUUACACAAGGUAAAAGUGCUGUCCCUAUACCAUGCGCAACUCGCUUAUUGCGUGGUGCAGUUCCUCGAGAAGGACGCCUCCCUGACCGAACCAGUAGUGCGGGGUUUAUUGAAAUUCUGGCCAAAGACAUGCUCGCAGAAGGAGGUGAUGUUUCUAGGGGAGAUCGAAGAGAUACUGGACGUGAUUGAGCCGCCACAGUUUGUCAAAAUACAGGAGCCGCUGUUCCGACAAAUCGCCAAGUGCGUUUCCAGUCCCCACUUCCAGGUGGCCGAGCGAGCACUCUACUUCUGGAACAAUGAAUAUGCAAUGUCGCUGAUCGAGGACAACAAUGCCGUUAUAAUGCCAAUUAUGUUCCCAGCGCUCUACCGGAUCAGCAAGGAGCACUGGAACCAGACGAUUGUUGCAUUGGUCUACAACGUUCUGAAAACUUUUAUGGAAAUGAAUUCGAAGUUGUUCGACGAACUAACAGCAAGCUAUAAGGCGGAGCGGCAGAAAGAAAAGCGACGGGAACGAGAGCGCGAAGAGCUGUGGAAGCGUCUGAAUGAGCUCGAGAUAUCGUCCCGUGCGCCAAAUAAGGAUCAAAAUCAGCUCGCCAAUCAGUCGGCGGGAGGGCUAAUACAGGACAACACGCCGCUGGUUGGUGGCACCGGCAAUGUGCAGCUAAAUCCCAACCAGCUAACAUCACCGACCGUUACAUCAACAUCAUCAUCCUCGUCGCCCUCGUCGGCAAAUUCGACUGGCAAUAACAAUAACAAUAGUAGCGCAGGCGGCAUCAGCUCUCAGCCUCCGGGGUCCGCUGGUGGUACCGGUUCCGCCAAUGCACUCUCCGGCACCUCCCAGCAGCAUAACUCGUCUGCGGUCGAGGCGGGGGCCAAGUGAUGUACUGAAUAAUAUUUUUUCUAAAAUCACCAACUUCAGUGACAUGCAUACCAAGGUACAGCAACACGCACGAACACGCAGCUACUACACACAUGAAUAUCAUGUACACUGACCGGCAAGCCAAAAGGGAAACACAUGAAAAGAAAGCGGCUCACGACCAUCUCGCCUCUCAACAUUUGUAGUACGAUAUACUAACAUUCGAUCGUUAAAUGAACGUAAUAAUAUUAUCACGAAAAAAAGCAAAUUCAAUCAUUCUAAACAAAGGCAUUAAUUACCCUAUUGUUAAACACAAAACAAAACUAGUGGCGAAUAAAACUAGUGGAAACAAGAUGCAAAGGCAAGUACACAGGAUAAUAAUGCAAAAACAAAUAUGAUAAGAUUCGAUAUGCCUCCCCCUGGGUGCGAAUGGUAAAUAUCGAAUCAUAUAGCCUAAAUGCAGCUGCCGGAGUGUGGUUUGCGUUAAAGUGUUUCGAUGCAAUCCCUUUCUCGCCUUACCGACUUUUCUUGCUUGUUGCGAUUGGUUCAAUCAUUCAGUGUGUGGUGGAAAUAUUACUUCAUCUUGCCCGUGAUUGGCGUUAUAGAAACUAUGUUUGUAACAUAUCUACUUACCAGCCUUUUCUAUCGUUAUUGAUGGGGAGAACGUAAAGUGUCAGAGCCUUGUAUUUCACUCGGAAAACAGUCAAAAACGUUCCGAUCGUUAAGGGGGUUAUACUAUGUGUUUGCGAGAGCCGUACAAUAUGGCGAAUGGUUAGGUGUACAUACGACAAAGUGCUAAACCGUGUUUUUUCGAAGAGUGCUCCUUCGUUUAUUUGUAACAUUCUUUCUUGUUCCGAAGAAAUUAAAACCAACCGGCAGCUGCUAUUUGUGGCUUGUUGUUUAAAAUCAUCGCUCAAUCAUUCGAACGAUUCGCUCCAACGGCUUGCUCGCCGUUCAAACCAACAAAAGUACUUCUCGUGAUAACCUCUCUAAAACCAGUUCAGACAACUUUGCAUUCAUUUUCGUUUUGUGCUUUUGAUUUUGUUUGGGCGUUCGGGCGAAAUUACCAAAAUGCAAAUACCACAAUGAUAUGGCCCAAAAAGACUUUCAAAAGAGUAAAAUAAAUGUUGAUGAAGGAAACCAGAAGAAAUAUAUACAGAAGAUAAGAAUAUAUAUAUAUAGAAGAUCCAUAACAAAUUACAUGUGGCCGAAACACAAAUAAAACAUGCCCAAAGUGUACAAUUCUAGUGGAAUAAAAUAACUGUUGGCAACCAGAUAAACUAACACACACGCUUUACCACCGGGUUUUCAAAAAAAAAAGCAAAAAGCCGCAAGAAGAUAAUACAACCGUAGUGGCGAUAUUGGAAAAAGUCUAAUCGUCGGAAACCGUAGGAAGAAAAACCUUUUCAUUUGCAUCUAAUCAUAAAGCACACAUCACCAACCAACCACAACACACACAGGCACUUAAAUAGACACAUCAGCAUCUCCCAAUACGCAAAGAGAGUAACAAAUGUGCCGCAUCAGCUAUACAACCAGCAACAGCCGGACCGGACUGGGACCGGGUUUAGCUGGCGUUGCUUCGAUAAAUGUAUCGAACACACUACUGUAGGGUGUAAAUUAAAACAAAAAUCCAGGUCAAAGUAUUGGGAAUUUAAGAGAAAACUAAAAAAAAAUCGAGAAAACAUAUUUAGAACAAAACAAUGAUGAUAAAAGGUUAAAAAGUAUCCAGCAGAUACCAUACACACAUUCACAAAAAUACACCGAAGUAUGGGAAAAUACUGAAACAACCGUGCUUAAUAUUCUAGACAUAGUAACAAUACUAAAAAGGGGCGACACUUGCGGGGGAUUUUGAUUAGGCGCUCGUGUGCGGAGCAGACGGUGCGCUGCUGUGCCGGUGGGUGGUGAAUGUAGUACGCGAAAUAACUAGGCAUGGCGCAUAAAUCAUCGUAUCACUAAACAACAAACGCGAAGAAACACAAAACUAAAAUCAUUGGAAUAUGUGCACAUACCACCACCACAGUGAUGCAAAUAGAGGAUACAUCACUUGAUAGCAUGCAAAAGAGAGUACACAAAACUGUAGAGUGCAGUGAAGCUGAAGUUAGAAAUUAAACCCACACGCUGGUAAACGAGCAGAAAAGGAAGCGGUGUAUUUGUUGUAGUUAUAUGAAUAAUUAUAAAUUAGUUAUUAUUAUUCGCGAAACACGCUAGGCAGUGAGAAUAUGGAAGAGAAGAUCGAUUCUUAAAGAGAACAGAACACUUUUUUUGUUUUGCAUAAAGGGCAAUGCGGUUUACCACUGGCAAAAGCACGCGACAGGGCUAGAACGUGUUUGUGGCACAGAUGAUGUGGGUCGGAGUGUGAUUUCCGUGCGCGUGUUGAGUAAGAACUAGCGAGUGUCAUGCUCUGCUCUGUGACGACGAAAAGGCUGGCUUUUGUUGUUCGUAUGGUAUGCGUGUUUGGGUGUGUAUGGGUGUGCGUGUAUGUGCUCGAAUGGGUCGCUCGCGUUAACUGUUGGCCGUUUUUAGCAAUGAUGAAAUUCACAUCGUUGUGUACACGAUUUAAGUAAAGAAGCAACUAAUAGUGAGCAAUGUUUAGAGGGAAAACAAAGCAUAUUUCCGAUCACAUCCUGGCUCCUUCCACCUUAAUGCAAACAUGAGUGACAAAUAGACAAAGGAGAAUCAUAAAAUAUCAAGUCUUAACCGCAUUCUCUGUGCACGAUAUGAACUAUGCAAAGCAUAAUUGUCGGGCGCCCUAUCUCAAGAAGUGG